GCAAGGAGCCACACAGUGACUAAAGUAAGAAGUGGGGAAGUUGCAGUAAGUUUAGUUACCAGGACAUUGCAUGGCAGAGCAGGUCAGUCCUGGAUCUUUAAGAGGCUCAGAGACAAGCACGGGAUGCCCUUCCUACAGCGCAAAGGAGCUUGGCUUCCUUAGGUGAAUGUCCCGGCGCUGCGACUACGAGUGAAGCUGUUGGUCUUGGGAGGGGAUAAAGCUGCGUGUAAAAAUGAGAAGAGAGGAGUGUACCAGAGUGCUAUGGAAGGCAGCAACUCUGUUGCUGUGACUUUUCUAAGCCUUCAAGGAAAUUCCAUGGAUUUGGACUGAAAUAAAGUUUUGGGAUGUCUCUGUUUGGAUUAAAAUUUGGAAAGAAGAAACUGAGAGAGGUAGAGAGACAACUUCAAGCAAACAACCGGGAUUUUAAUCUGCAGUUUGAAUAUGCUAACAAUUCAAUUAAAACAUCGAAAUACAACUUCUUCACUUUCCUGCCUCUCAACCUGUUUGAGCAGUUUCAGCGAAUAGCCAACGCUUACUUUCUUUUCUUGCUGAUUUUGCAGUUGAUUCCUCAGAUUUCCUCGUUGGCCUGGUUUACAACAGUGGUGCCCCUAGUGCUGGUGCUGGCUGUAUCGGGAGUCAAGGAUGCCAUCGAUGAUUUUAAUCGCCACAAAAGCGACAAGCACGUCAACAACCGCCCAGUCCAGGUCCUGAUCAAUGGCACGUUAAAGGAUGAAAAAUGGAUGAAUGUCCAAGUGGGGGAUAUAAUAAAACUAGAAAACAACAACUUUGUGACGGCUGAUCUACUGUUACUGUCAAGCAGUGAGCCACACAGCCUGACGUACAUCGAGACAGCUGAAUUGGAUGGUGAAACAAACCUGAAGGUGAAGCAGGCAUUGACAGUCACUGCAGAGCUUGGAGAAGAUCUUCAGAAACUGACAGAGUUCAAUGGUGAAGUAAAAUGUGAGGCACCAAAUAACAAACUGGAUAAGUUCACAGGAACUCUUACUCUUCGAGGAGAGAAGUAUGCCCUGGACAAUGAGAAGAUGUUGCUGAGGGGCUGCAUUAUUAGGAACACAGAAUGGUGCUUUGGCCUUGUGAUUUAUGCUGGGCCAGACACCAAACUAAUGCAGAACAGUGGAAAAACAACUUUUAAACGGACAAGCAUUGAUCGGCUCAUGAAUGUCCUUGUGUUACUGAUCUUUGCAUUUCUAGCACUGAUGUGUCUUAUUCUGGCCAUUGGCAAUGGCAUUUGGGAGUAUGAUAAAGGCUACUACUUCCAAGUCUACCUGCCAUGGGCAGAAGGUGUCAACUCUGCCUCCUACUCGGGCUUCCUCAUGUUCUGGUCAUAUGUGAUCAUACUAAACACAGUGGUGCCCAUUUCACUCUAUGUCAGUGUAGAGAUCAUACGCUUGGGUAACAGUUUCUACAUUGACUGGGACCGUAAAAUGUAUUAUCCACCGAAGGACACACCGGCUCAGGCCCGUACCACUACACUCAAUGAAGAGCUGGGGCAGAUCAAGUACAUCUUCUCAGACAAAACAGGAACUCUCACUCAGAACAUCAUGUGUUUCAAUAAGUGCUCCAUCAACGGCAAAUCCUAUGGUGAUGUGUACGAUAUGUCUGGGCAAAGGAUAGAAAUAAAUGAGAAGACAGAGAAGGUUGAUUUCUCUUACAACCAGUUAGCUGACCCGAAGUUUGCAUUCUAUGACCAUAGCCUGGUUGAAGCAGUGAAGCUGGGUGACAUCCCAACACACAGGUUCUUCCGGCUACUCUCACUCUGUCACACUGUGAUGCCAGAAGAGAAGAAGGAAGGUAACUUGGUGUAUCAGGCCCAAUCCCCUGAUGAGGGAGCCCUCGUCACUGCUGCCAGAAACUUUGGAUUUGUAUUCCGGGCUCGCACGCCAGAGACCAUCACCAUUGUGGAAAUGGGAGAAACAAAAGUCUACAAACUCCUGGCUAUUCUUGACUUCAACAAUGUUCGCAAGAGAAUGUCUGUUAUUGUGCGGAGCCCAGAAGGUGACUUGACUUUGUACUGCAAGGGGGCUGACACCAUUCUUUAUGAACUGAUUCAUUCAUCCUGCGACUCUCUAAAAGAAGAGACCACAGAACACCUGAACGAGUUUGCUGGUGAAGGUCUGAGGACACUCGUGGUGGCUUAUAAAAACUUGGAUGAAGAAUACUUUCAGGACUGGAUCAGGCGUCACCAUGAAGCAAGCACUGCCUUGGAAGGACGGGAAGAUAAACUGUCGGAGUUAUACGAAGAGAUUGAAAAAGACCUCAUGCUUCUAGGUGCUACAGCGAUUGAGGACAAGUUACAGGAUGGAGUCCCACAGACAAUUGAGACUCUUGCCAGAGCCAGCAUUAAGAUAUGGGUUCUCACUGGAGACAAGCAAGAGACAGCAAUGAAUAUCAGUUACUCCUGCAACUUGCUGAAUGAUGACAUGGACGAUGUUUUCGUUAUUGAAGGCAGCACAUCUGAUGACGUGCUUAAGGAGCUGAGGGAUGCAAGGAAAAAGAUGAAGCCAGACUCCUUCCUGGACAGUGAUGAAAUCAACAUUCAGUUUGAAAAAUCAUCAAAAAUCCCCAAAGUUUUACCUGAUGAGCAAGCAAACGGGGUGUAUGGUCUGGUUAUCACCGGCCACAGCCUGGCUUACGGGCUGGAAGAGAAUCUGGAGCUGGAGCUGGUGAGAACUGCUUGCAUGUGCAAAGUGGUGAUUUGCUGCCGGGUGACCCCACUGCAGAAGGCCCAGGUGGUGGAGCUGGUGAAGAAGUACAAGAAGGCUGUGACCUUGGCAAUUGGAGAUGGCGCCAAUGAUGUCAGCAUGAUCAAAACUGCCCACAUUGGGGUUGGUAUCAGUGGCCAGGAGGGGAUGCAGGCAGUCUUGUCCAGUGACUUCUCCUUUGCACAGUUCCGCUACCUGCAGCGCCUGCUUUUGGUCCAUGGCCGGUGGUCCUACAUCCGCAUGUGCAAGUUCCUCAAAUACUUCUUCUACAAGAAUUUUGCCUUCACAUUAGUGCAUUUCUGGUAUGGAUUCUUCUCUGGCUUCUCAGCACAGACUGUCUAUGAUGAGUGGUUCAUUACGCUUUACAAUUUGGUAUAUACCUCCCUCCCAGUGCUAGGAAUGAGCCUCUUUGAUCAGGAUGUGGAUGAUCGUUGGAGCUUGCUGUUUCCUCAGCUUUAUGUGCCUGGCCAACAAAACCUCUACUUUAACAAAAUGGUGUUUGUCAAGUGCAUGUUUCAAGGGAUCUACAGUUCCCUCAUUCUUUUCUUCAUCCCCUAUGGGGCCAUGUACAAUACAGUGAGAAGUGAUGGGAAGGCUAUUGCUGACUACCAGUCCUUUGCGCUGAUGGUCCAGACUUGCUUAUUGAUUGUGGUUUCUGUACAGAUCUGCUUGGACACUUCUUACUGGACAGUUGUGAACCAGUUCUUCAUCUGGGGCAGCCUUUCUGUUUACUUUGCUAUCACCUUCACCAUGUAUAGUGACGGCAUGUACAUGAUCUUCACAGCCUCCUUUCCCUUUGUUGGUACAGCUCGAAACACUCUCAGCCAACCCAACGUGUGGCUAGCAAUCUUCCUCAGCAUCACCCUCUGUGUGCUGCCUGUAGUUGGCUUUCGAUUCCUGAAGACUCAGUUAAGGCCAACUCCCAGUGAUAAAGUCCUGCUCAAGAUCAAAGAAGCCAAAAAGCGGCCGCCUCCACCCUCACCCAGGAGACACCUGCGUCGAACCAGCACCCGCCGCUCUGGCUAUGCCUUUGCCCAUCAGCACGGCUUUGGGGCACUCAUUAUGUCUGGGAGAAACAUGCGGCCAAAAUCACCUUUUGCCGCGACGGGAACAUUUUCACCGAAUAGUGACAAACAUAAGCACAAAGGAUUGUAAAAAAAAAAAACAAAAAACAAAAAACAACCAACCCAAAACAGAAAAAAAAAAAAACCAAAGAAACAUGAAAACCAGCAACACAAACCAAAGUGAAGGGCUGUCAGGAGGGGGGGCUGUGCUCCCUGCAAAGCACAGAGGCAGUGGCUGCCCAGAGCCCUGCCCUCCAGGAUACCAAAUCAAGAACGUGCGCCUUUUUCACCCAGGUUCAGCCUCUGACUCCAGCUUCUCUUCCAAAGACAUGUGCUGCUGCCAAGGGAAUGCCGGCAGAAUGCAUUAGAGAUGUUGUAGGUAUUCCAGAGGGCCUCCCUGGAAUGACAGAGAACAUCCUGCAGGAGGCAUCUCUGCUCCCUGAGAUAGUUCAUGGUGAUUACUUUACAUUUUUCUCCCUUUAACUACAUACCUCAGAGCAAAGAGAAGUCUAGGCUGAGGAAAAGGCUGAAUUGGUGAUGUCCUUCUCAUCUAUGUGCCUUUGUUUCUAUCGUGAGUAGACUCUGGGCUGUAUUACUGGGGUGACAGUGUUGACCCCAGGUGUGCCUUAGGUCCAGCUGCAGAACCCCCAUGUAAUAUGUGUAAUUUUGUGGCCUUUUGACUGUACGCAGACACUUUGGAAGGCACGCGUUGCAAUGGACUCCUUCCAAACAGUUAAUCCCGUUUCUCAUGAGAUGGCCAGCGCCCAAGCACCACCCUCUUUCUGCAUCUGCAGUCAGGAAGUGCUUAGAGAAACCCUUAGUUGGUCAAGGGACGAGGACUUGACAUUCAUCAGCCUGUCCUUUUUUUAUCUGCAUUGCAAAUCUGCUCUUGCAAAAGGUCAUUGUCCCUAGAACUCUCUCAGGUUCUGUAGCAGGUCACCAGCCAUUUCAUUUAGACUUUAGGUAAAAGGGCAGAAGCAUCUCAGGCUCCCAUGAGGCAAUAAAGCCUGGCCCUGAGAAGCCCGUGUUGUGCUUAGGGCUCAUCUGAUCUGCCAGCACUGGGUGUCUCCCCCACCAUAGCAGACUGAGGCACACGCACGUCUGACUCGAUGGAGGUCACACAAGCAGUAUCAGAGGCAGAGAUGCUAUUUCACGGCUAGCACAGGGUGUCCUGCCCUUUACCCCUCCCUGUCCUCCACCGGUGCUGUGGCUCAGCAUAAGGGAUGAAGCGUGACUUGAUGACUCCUUCACCCUUCCCCUUGAGCCGUGUGGUGGAGUGUCAGAGGAUCUCAGUGAGGGCUCAGGAGACCCUGCAGAGUUUCUGUGUACUGGGUAGUAUUUUAUUUAGGAACAGUUCAUCUGUCAUUAUGAGCUUCAGAGAGCUGUAAAUGCUCAGUCUGACUGCCAGCAGAGGGACCAGGGAUGCGCAGGCACAGCCGAAGUCAGAGGGACUGGGCUUUGCUGGCUGUAUUUUUAUACUAUGUCCAUCAUCAGUGGGGUUACUGGGUGGAAGGACAGUGUGUCAGUGUGAGAGCUUGUCCUACCAGCACUGCUGAGCUCUCUAAAUGAAGCUUUUAUGUGCAAAGGACUAAGCAGCGUUAGCUGGUGGUUUAUUUUUUUCAGCUCCUUUAUGCAGAUUUAGAUUCCUUGUUCUGAAUUGGGGUUUUUUUUGCAUGGUAACCAUCUGGUAUUUAUUGGGAGUUCUCGGCAUUAAGAGUCUCUGAACUAUCGGUGGAGGCAGUAUGUGAUGGCAACAGGCCAGCCGCGUCCCCAUUUCAUCCAGUCUGCGUAUAACACCUUGUGGCCUGUGGUCCCAGUUUCAGCAGUUUCUAUGUAAAGAUUGUUUAAGCUCCAUAAGCUUUAAGUUUCUAUGUAAAGAUUGUUUAACUUGGCCCAGAAAAAUACCCAAGUCUAUUGCACCUGCUGCUUUUGGGGAGGCUCGGUGCAAACUGUGGCAUUGGAUUUCAGCAGUCACUGCAAAACUAGAGCUGGGAGUGGAUGCAGGCUUCAGUGGCCAGGAGCUGCUUGAUAAGGAAGGAGCAGAUGCUAAUCUGGCCAUCUCCCCUGCAAGCAGAUACCUAAGUAAAGUGAGAGCCUGCAGCCCCACUGGUGCUUGUCACCUCCCUCUGAUUUACCAUUCACUUCGCAGAGACAAUCAUGGCUUUCUGAUGAAGAUUAUGUCUGUCGAAGUCAGCCACCCCGGGGCUAGAGGCAAAAGGGGAGUCUAUGCAGGCAAGCAGAUGUCCCCACGAUACCCAGACUGCUCUGGGUGGGCUGAGAGUCCUACCGAAGUUGUUCCUAGCAUGUAGUGCAGAGCAAUAUAACGCAGGGCACCACAAGCAGAUCUUCUACGGGCAGGGCAAGGCAACUCUGAGACUGUGUCACUCUUCUCAUACAGUUUAUGUACAAGGCACUCACCUUCUGGCUGAAGGGGAUUUGUAAAUACUGCCUAGGACAUGCUGGGGAUAAUAGAGCUGUUGGUGAGCUUGCUCCACAUACAAAUAUUUCAGUGGUUUGACAAGAUCAGCAUUUGAAACACAUCACCUGGCAGUGAUGUCUGUCCUACAUCACUCCUGAAUUUGUAAAAUGAUUUCUUUUUAAAGAAUAAAAUGAUAAUAUUAGGAUGACCAA